CCCCUCUUCUCUCUCCCCUCUUCUCUCCCGCAUGGGCAUCUUAUCGGCUCUUGUCUGUCUGGUCGUUUUCCUUUCGUAUCUAUUGACGGUUCUUGCGCCGCCCAAGAAGUAUUAUGGAACGCCAGACUUUCCCAGCGCGUGGCUCCAUCGGCCCCAUAGCUGCAGGUACAUCUGCCCAGCGCGCUCCAUGUGGGGUCUAAGGCUUCUUUUGCGUGUGUGUCUUGCGUGGGUGACACUGUGGCUCUUGCUUAGUUGGUACUACAUUGACGCUGCGCAGGCCCGCAAGUACGAUGACUUGCGAGAGUCCUGCGAAAUGGCAAAGGAAGAUAUGAAUGGAGACGUGGUCAGUGAUCGCGCUGGUGGCACGCACUGAAUUCGCAUCCAUCUAUUCGCUUGUCUGUCUGGCUGCAGCUGGUUAUUGACGAUGACUACGAGUCAAGGUGGCUGGCGGAGUACCUCCGCUCACAAGGGGAGACUGGUCUAUCAUAUUGGACCUUGUUCAAGAGAGUAAACAGCUACAUGUCAUCGCCAGCUAGGGUGUGUCGCCUGCCUGGUAUCUGCGCUUGUCAGCUGGGAGAUUGGCCGACUGAGCAGCCGGAUAAGAUGCCGGAUCUCGGAGGAACAGCAACAGGUCAUUCGCGCACAAGCCUAUGCAUGUAUGCAUGCAUAGAUUGGUCCUGUGUCGCUUGCUGUUUUGCGACAGAACGCUGUGGGUGGGUCCCAGGGGGUGAUUGGGAUUGGAAUGGGGCUGCAGCUGGGUCGUGGGAGGUUCGUUGGGAUAACAGAGAGCCCUGGUAGUUGAGCUACAUGAUCAUUGAUGUGAUAAUGUGUGGAGCGCGCUUGCCUGCGUCGUUCAGGGACGCGUCACAUGGAUGGGGGGUCGUGUCAGUCAAAGGGGCUGAAUACGACGAGCCCUGGGACCUGGUCAUGGUGUCAAGUGCCCACUCUACCUCCCGUCCUGCCAUCGUAAGCAACCGAAAGGAUGGACGUAUAUACAUGUGCUUGCAGGCAUUGAUUGGUCUCGUCUCUUUCCUUCCUUCCUGUGUGCAGUGUGAGAAAAGAGAGAGCGCCUGUGGUCAGACCCAAUCGAUACAUUUGCUACCUUCAGCGACCCUUGUGGUUGUCCCUCUGCUUCAGUUGAUGCUCCCACCGUCAUGAUCCGAACGGCCACAGCCUUUCCUGCGACGCCUGCAGAUCAGGUGUUCGAAGUAAACCUGACCUUCUCGGACCCGAUCAACAACCUGAGUUUCGACGUCGAUUUCACCAACCCAGCCAGCUGGCAGACCAUUGGAGGGGUGGGGGGAGCCGUCGCGUCGAUGCAACAGACCGGCACACACGAAAUCAAGGAGACGAUAAGGGCCGUGCAGCCGGGGUGGGUCACAUUACAGGUGAAGGACAUGGUGUUUACGCGCACGGCCGAUGGGCAGCAAAACACAGCUUCAAACAAACUCAUUUUCUACUCUGGUUGGCACCAUGUACAUAAGCAACAUUUCUACCGGCCUGGACUGGUGCAUGCCCCACGUAUCAGGUUGCCACAUGGCGUGGAGUGAAGACAAAAGUGUGGAUCCUUCAGAGACACUGAGCGCAUACAGGUACACAUGCACGCGUGGAGACACCAAUUCAAACGGAUAUAUACAUGCAUACAUACACGCGUUUCCCGCUCUCUCUCUCUUCCCUUCUUUCCCCCCUUCUAGUUGGUGGCAUUGCGGCAGGUACAGUCUCGUUGGUGGCAGACAGUCAAAGUGCCUCACAGACACAUUGGGCAUGUGUGUGUGUGUGUGUCCAGGUUGUGCAAGGACCGGCCUGCAUGCCAGAUUUAUGUGUUCGAAGCUGUGAGCGGCUUGCCGGGAGGCGGCACCCUCCCGUCAGCCUGUCACAUCUAUGAAGACCCCGAUUUUAGCGGCCCUGUCGAUCCCAGUAAAGUCAAAAGCACGCGAUCAUGCGCCGAGAGGACAGGUGCAUACACGCAUACACAGUAGGUAGCGAAAGCACGUAACAAUACAUAACGCAUUGAUGCUUGCAGACGUCACCGCUCCCAGGCUGUCUCUGGUGCGCAAAGUGGACGGAUCGGGAGCCAUCCUGGGCGGCGGCACUCUCAACGCCUUCUAUGACCACUCGAAGAACAUUCACAUGCACGUGGACAUCUUCCUGAGCGAACCCAUCAAGUACUUUGACCCCAGUGAUCUCGAGGUCACUGGGCAAAACUGUUCCAUCUCUGGCGAGCUGGGCUUCGGUGGGGGAUCUGCCGUCUUGAAGAAGAAAUCCAAUGGCAUCGGCACGACCUGGCCCCCGUGGGACACACAUUUCCGCCUCUUGGUGAGUCAGUCAGACACGCGCGCACAUUUGAAUCACCAAGUGUCACCUGUCUUUUGUUCGCCAGCUACGAAUGGACGAGAGUCCUCCGUGGUUCGUUACGGGGAAGGUAACGAUCGCACUGAGCCCCUCGUCAAACGCAAAGGACUUCUCCAACAGCCCCAUCGCCCCUGGAUCGGCCAGUAUCGAAUUCAACAUCAUCCCAGGUCACUCACAUGUGACACUGCAGCGCGAAAAGACGAACGAUAAAUGCGUUGUCUCUCCGUCGCUGGUGUGCGUGCAGGGUGCGACACAAUGCAGAGAAUGAACGACACGGUUCUGACGGGCGGCACUCUGAAGGACUGGAUGGGUGUGCCUGGGCAUGAUUUCGGAUCGUGUGCUUACACGUGUCGAGUGGAGCCCUCGUGCAGUGGGUUCAGCUUCAACAAAAGCGACGGCACGUGUUGCCUCAAGUGGGGACCACAGGAGGAUGGGGAGGGAGGGUGGGUGCCCUCAGCCAUGACGUCAAUCGACUCGGCCGUGCGCGACUGUCAAUGCGCCACUGACUGCUUUGGUCAGUCCACGCUUCACGUUUACUGCACGUACGAGACACACUGCGCGCGAUUGGGGCUCGUUUCACUUGCAGAAGUUUUUCUGCCACAAGUGUGUGGCGACGGCAUUGUUUCGGGCAAUGAGACCUGUGACGACGGCAACGAGGCAUCCUUGGAUGGAUGCUCCGCUACAUGCCAAGAGGAAGAUGGGUGGUUGUGCAUGACGCCAGGCCAGCUGUGCUCACGUAGGGCAAAUACCAACAAACAUGUUGUGUGAAAGCAGCAUGCGUGCUGAUGUGGGAAUCGCCGCCCCUCUGCCGGCUCCUUUUUUCUCCCGUUCAGCUCUAGUGUGCGGCGAUGGACUGCUCGCUGGCUCCGAACAAUGUGAUGACAACAACACCGCGUCUCUCGACGGGUGCUCUGAUGCGUGCCAGAUUGAGGAGGGAUGGACCUGUCCCACGCCAGGGGAGCUUUGCGCACCAAUCUGCGGCGAUGGCCUCUUGAAGGGAAACGAGCAGUGUGACGAUGGGGGCAUAAACAAUGGUGUGUCAAGCGGCGGGUACUGCAGACGAGACACGCCAGCGCAUUGAUUCUGUCGUCUGUCUGCAUUCACGAUGUGGUGUCCUCCUCCGUCUAGGCGAUGGCUGCAGCGGUAGCUGCGGCAUAGAAUCAGGCUGGCUGUGUCCGACGCCGGGAUCACCAUGCGUUCGUAAGCACACAGGGAGACGACAGGGCUGUGUGUGGUUGCUGCCUGCAUGUUGUCUGUCUGUCUGUCACUCAGCCAAGUGUGGCGACGACAUUGUUGUGGGAAACGAGACCUGCGACGAUGGCAAUGAGGCAUCAUUAGAUGGAUGCUCAUCAAUCUGCACCGUCGAGCCAGGGUGGACGUGCCCUAUACCAGGGUCGCUCUGCGGUGAGAGCGACACAACGAGCCACGCUUGGCUGUCUCAUUGGCUUGUCUGUCUGCAUGGGUCAGUUCGCAUACCGACGGAACCCCCCACUACUGAUAGCUGCUUUUGCUCAGAGGGCUUCGGCUGUGGUCAGCAGGCUUCAUAUACUCUAACCAUUAAUGUGACUGCUAUGUCCUGCAUACGUGCAGUCAACAACGUGUGCAGCAACUGUAGACUCGCAUUCGGUCGGUCGGUCGGUCGGUCGGAUGCGCCUGAUUGCAUGUGCCAAACACGUGACUGGACAGUGUCUUUGAUAUUUGAUACAUCAUGUGCAGACACUCCGGUGCGGUAUGCGUGCUACCAGGACUGGACCGCUGACGAGUGCACGGAAGCCGGUGCAAACUACACAUGGUGCGGCACAGGUGAGCGCGCGGUUUACCAAUUCCUUCCCGUCUGUCUGAUCGCCACUGUCCUUCACUGUUGUGUAGCCCCGACGCCGCCCCCCUCACUGAUCGAUGACAUCACCGAUGACGUCGAUAAGCUCAAAGUGAGCAUGGCAGAGAGUGAGCCAGUCGCAUCCCUUCCUGCCUCAGAUCGACACUGACCCCUCACGUGUUGCCUUCCCACCAUAGGACGAGCAGGCCCUGAACGAGACGCAGGUGGGUGAUGCCAUCGACGAGCUGCUGGAUGAAGAAGAAUCGGGCGGCCCCACCGCCCCGCCAAUCGACUCGGUGGAUGCCUUCGCUGAGCGGCUGGUGCGCGCGGUCCAGGUGGCCAACGCCCUCAAGAACAAGGACAUGGACGGCGUCUUGCUUGAAAGAAAUAUCACCGAUGGCGACGUCAAGGCACAGAAGCGAGUCAUCAUGAGGGCACUGCUCAAAGACAUCGCUAAGGUGACACGACCGACACGCCGUAUGAACUCACGUUGCCAGAAUGCACCCCGUGCUGUCUUGUGCUUUGCUUGCUAUCCCUGCACGUCAUGUUGUGCGUUAGGUGGCGACUGAGCGAUCGACUGGCGGUCUCGUCGGCGUGGCGAGCACCCCAUCUGAGGUGCUCCUGUCGGCCGUCACACUUGCGACAACGGUAGAGGCGGCCGACGAGGCAGAGAGCGCCGACAUUGACGACACCUCGACGGCGGUCUCGGCAUUCACCUCUCUCGCGAACAUCUCGAAGGACGCCAUCGCACAGGCAGACGACGCAACUGCAGCGGGGACAGCCAAGGCUCUCAGUGGCGUCGAACAUUAUCUGGACGCAGCAGCGGGCCUCUUCAGACAGCUUAAACGCACUGCUAAGUCCCCGCCAGCGCCGCAGGCGAGUCGACGGCUGACGGCCGACGCAUAUCAUAAUAUGUCAUCUGAUAUCCACACGUCCACGGCGUGGCUGGGGGACGGCCUCGCGGGCAGCCUUGCCGCGUCUGCCCGAGACAGCGUGGAGGUCGUCAGCCCAAGCGGAGGCACACAUAUCAAAGUGGCGGACCCGGCCAGAGUCAGCGGGCAACCCGUAUUGACGAUGACCACGGCCCAGCAACCCGUGGCUGUGAGCUUUCCCUCAUCAGUCGACUCUUCAACGGCCAGCUGCAGCGGGGCUCAGAGCGCCCAGAGCAUACAGAUGACCUUCUGGUCCCAGGAUCCGUACACCUAUGCUGACAGCGACGUUCCGAUCAACGAGACGCAGACCAACAACACCAUCAAGAGCGCUGCCCAGGGCACCCUCACCGUGGAGGUGUGUAGCAUAAAUGUAUCUCUAGCCUUAAGCAUGCUGCCCUUCGUCUGCUCUGCUUGUUUGCCUCCCUCAGAGUCGCCAGUGUGGCAGUGCUUUGGCACUGCGUUCGUCCAGCGUCGACGAGCCAUUUCGUCUCUUCCUGCCGCGGCCCUCUGCGACCCAUCUGAGGCGCCUGCAAUCGGCAUCAGUGAACCGGACAGUGACUGUGGAGGAGGCGUGUGGGUUCUGGAACGACGCGACGCACCAAUGGGACACACAAGGUACAUUUUUGGACUCCAUUUCUUUGGAGGGACGCACACACACACAUGCACGCAUGCACAUGUAUCAAUGCAUGAAUCAAUAAUCACUUGUAGGGUGCCGCACAAGCGAAGCUCGCUCGAAUGCUACCACUUUGUGCUGUGAGUGCGGUCACCUGACAUCCUUCAGUUCACUUUUCAGGUGAGAGGCGAUGCAUCGCCGCAUUUCAGGUGACGUUGCCUUUCCGUCUGCAUGGGUGCAUACAGGAGUGUGAUUCGGGAGAGCAGCAUUGAGGAUGUGCUGGGUGGCGCCGGGGACUCCCUCAAGUGAGCACUGAGAGGAUCGUGCGAGCCAGUAUCAUCGUAAAUCGGUACCGUGCUCUUACGCAUGGAUGUAGGAACAUGGCUGACAUUGACGCAUGGGUCAAGAACAUCGCGGGGACAUUUGUGCUCGUCAUGAUCGCUAUCCACCUCGUAUGUUUGGCGCUAUCGAUAUACUUCGACUGUCGUCAUCCGUACGCAAACACACUACCAAAGUGCAAUGAACGUGGCCAUACUACGCUGCUCACGUCUCUCUCUCUCUCUGUCCACCCGUGUGUAGCAUCACAGAUCAGAUUCUGCUCGACAUUGUCAGCAACACAAUUUACCAAUCCACAACACACAAACAACAGCCUCUGUCUGUCUGUCUGUCUGUCUGGUCAGUGGAUGACCGAUCCACUUCUAGACGCGAGACACGCGGCGGUAAGUGAGUUCGUGAGUGCGUGAGUGCGUGAGUUGUGUGUGGGUAGAGCAGAGCCUGCCUUGCCGUCCAUGCAUGCAUGGAUACGUACCCUCCCUCUCUCCUUGGCUGGCUGACUUUCAGCGGACUCGUGUCCAGAAGGGCUUGCAAUCUUGCACCCGCAGGGCCUACCAUCCCUGGUGGUGUGAUUUCUUCAUAUGCCGCCUGUUCGGGGGCAUCUAUCUUCACUGCAGAAAGCGAGAGCCCACCAUGCACCUACAAGAGCUGCGCACUCUCAGGUGCGCCGCGCCCGAUAGUUAGCACCCACGGCUGAGUCUGACACGCGGGCGGACGGCCCGUCCCCCCCUUGCCUGGCCUGCCUCAGGUCUGUCCGUCAUGAGCUGAUGCAUGAGCCGACCAAGGGGCGGACCGAGGGCUUCACCAGCAUCGAAGCUGUGGCUACCAAGGAGGUCACAAAGACAAGCCCUGUCUCCGUGUAUUCGGCCUCCACAGAACACACGAAGCUGCGCAGUCGUGUGCACGAGCCGGUGAAGCCGCUGAACGACUUGAUCAAAGAGUCUUGGCGCUCGGCGAAACCCAAAGAAACAGUAGACUCCCGGUUGAUCGCCAACAAGGCCAUGUCGGGGCUCAGCGAUGUGUCUCUCUCGGAGUUCGUCAUCAGCGGUGAGUUGUCGCCCCGCAAACGCAUCAUCAAACAUGUCGGCUCGGAAGGAGGGUCGGAUUCCGAGGACCGGACGCCCGUCGACGAGCCACGAGUCAGAGAGCUGUCGUUUACCCCCAGUGACCAGGCUGUGGUCGAUGCCAGAGGCAUGCGGUCCAUGGUGGGGCCAGACAAGGACUGGAAGGACCGACCCAAGGACGUCAAAUUGAUCAAGUAAGCAAGCAAAUGGCCGGCUGCCUGCCCGUCUCUUUCACUGCCUCUGUCUGCAACCAACGGUAACCCAUUGAGUACGUGUCUUACUUACUGAAUUGCUUGACGCAGGAGUGGCGUCUUGAAGGAGGCGCUCCGCCAGCGUCUGUUGCUGGAGCUGCAGCGUCAGCAGGCCGCGGCUGUCAUCAUUCAGAGACGCUGGCGGGCCAUUCUGGAGCGCAUGGUGGCCGAAGCCGACGAACAGAAGGCUCAGGAGGCUCUCUGCGAGGGGCAAGCGGAGGUAAAUGAGGCGCCCGUGCGGCCGGCACUCAUUGGGCGCCCCCAGCUGCAGCAGGACACGGCCGACGCGACGAGACACGCACGCCAUAUCCAGUUCGCCAACAUGGGCGAGCAGGUCGGCGAUGCCGACUCCCCCAUGUCCAUCCACCGCCUGCAGACGGGCAUGUCCGUCCAGCCGGGCCUUGAGAAGAUCAUGUCGACAGUGCGGGAUGACAUCGAGGGUGACACCGACAGCGCCGGUGGCGUAUCGCCAAAGCUGCACACUGGCCAGACAAUCCCCAUCGACGCUUACUUCGGUGAAGAACCCGACGAACAAGCUGACGUGAAGCUGACGGUGGACCGUGAGACCAAGGGCUGUAAGACAGGCUACAAGAAGUCCGUGUCAAUCGUGGCCGAAGGAGACGGCAAAGGAGGAAAGAAGCGAACGGUUGCCGCAGCACGCCGCAAGUCUGUGACCGACUCGUGGCUCGAUGUCAAUGCCGGUAGGUAGUUACACAUAGGUAGGUUAUGUGUGUUGUAAUAUAUCUAAUGUCUAUUUCUCCUUUGGCAUGCAGAGGUCGACUUGAUGGUGACUCUGUGGGGCGUCAUGGCUGCUGUGUAUAAAUACAAUGUGCCCUGUUUCUCUCAGGUGACCCGGACUCUCCGGCGAGUCGAAUACGUUGAGUGGGGUCCAAGCAAGAUGUUCCGUGAGGUGGUCAGACGGGACCAUCCGCUGUUCAAGCUGUUCAUACUGAACCCAACGUCUGCUUCACAGAGAGAGACAACAAAAAACGCACAAAGACACGGAUAGAGAUGUCUGCUCCUGUCUUUUGUGUGUCGCAUGCUUUGUCAGGUAUACUGCCGUGCAGCGCACCUUGUUCUUCGGCUCCAUUAGUUUGGGCAUCCUCACCAUGUGCGCCGUGUUCUUUGACCGACCGAGGCAGGGAGCGGGUGACACCGUCUUGUUGGCCUUCAAUGGAAAUGAGAUCGCUUGGCAACUGACGUUGCGGCAACUAGUCGUGCUCCUCUGGUAAGCAAACACUAAUGACUAAUCAAAAGGUUGUGUCGCCGGGCGGGCUGGCUGCUACCUGGGUGGCACAUUUUCUCUGAUUCUCCGUGUAGGUCCAUCAUCCUGGCCAAACCGAUCCCCUUGGCGCUCAUCCUCCUCUUCCGCAAGGCCGUACCCCACAUUCGACCCUCUGCCCGAAGAAGCAGUAAGGGGAAAAAAAUGCGUGCGUCUUCUGUGGCUGCGGUGUGCGUGCAUAUUUGUGUACGUGCAGCUGCCUAUUCACUCAAGACCGGCCUGUCUCAGAAAACUGCCUUCUUGCGUACGGUUGGCAGACCGGUCGCUGACAUCACUGGCCGGCACUCUGGUAAGGCCUGCCUGUCCAAGGCGAAAGAGAAAACGCCUCUGUGGUAUCCACCUGCACUGCCUUGCCCAUCUUGUAGGUCAUUUCCCACUUUCGACGAAGAUGGCUGUGCUGUUUCGUUGGCGCCUGAAGGAGCGGAUCGGCAUCGCGAUCGGGCUGCUGUAUUGGUUCGCAUGUGAUGCCUUCCUGCUCCUUUUCGCCUUCUCUGAGCGGCUGGCGGAGUCCACUCCCGAGCGGCCGCCGAGGAUCAUCUACCAAGUGAGCAGAUAGGAGCACAUACACUACACACACCAUGAGACCAUGUGGUACGUGACCCAGUGUGCGUAUCAACAGAUUUGGACACAGCAUGGUUUGUGUAUGUGUGCAGGACUUCGUGCUCGCGUGUACGUGCACACACUGGCCAUGUGCUCCAUGGAUGCGGGCAUGUCAUGAAUGCGCUCACGAGACCCCACUGUGUCGUUUGCGUGCAAUUGCAGGCACAGUCGAGCUGCUCAACUCGUUCAUUAUUCAGCCGAUUCUCUUUUUUAUGGUGUUAUCUCUGCUGCUAAUGGCCAUCCUCCGCAUUGGCGUAUGCGACUGGGUCGUGUGGUUCAUGCCACACUGGUUCGACUUCUCAUUCUCGGUCCGUACGGCCGUCAGUCACACGCACACACGCACAAAUACAAUACCGACAUGCCAGCAGUCGGGUUGAUGUUUUGUGUGCUUCCAUGGCGUACACACGUGCAGGGUGCUCAGGGAAUCCACGAGCUGACCAUCCAGCUCCAGGCCAUCACCGACACACACGAACUCGCCAGAGGCAUUCUUGGAUUCGCGUAAGCAAAAUGUUUAUAUGCAUACACACACACAUACAUGAUAGAACCCUGCGGCAAACACUUUGUGCGUAUGUGUGUCUCCUGUGCUCAGGGGAUUGAACAUCGACUCGAUAGGCAUGGUGCAAGACGUCUUCACCUUCUGAGUGUUUAAGGUUUAAAUGCUUACAGCCAGAGCGUAAAGGUGCUUGUUUUUCGGCCAUUUUAAAGGUGGGACAGGCGUCUGAUUGUCGCCUUGUUAGUAGUGACACACUGUCGGACUCUUGUUUAGUAAUUUGCCCGCUAGACCCGUUAAUUUAGUGCUUGCUUGGGGAGGUGCUUUUGAAUACUAAAUCCUUACCCAGCUGUCUGCCUCUUUGCUUGCAGCCAGCUGCCCGUCCGUGAGUCUGUCUGUCAUGUAUGCACAUAUCAGUUCAGAGUCUCGAAACCGACGAAGGCCGGCGUCGGAUUCAGUGCUUCUGACGCCACUCGUCGAGUUCGACCACAUGACAUUCGAA